GUGUUUUUUUUUCUUCUAACUUUAUUUUGCGCGUCUUUUACGUUUUUGAGACUUCUUCAUUUGGUCGGUUCUGUCGGCUUUGUUCGACCUUAAUCUGAAAAUAUUCCUGUGUACAUAUACACAUGAUUAUCUUCCUAAACUAAGCUUUGUAAUACAUAUUUAAUUUCUGUUAAAAAAGUUUGUUAGAGCUUUGAUUGCUCUCCUCUUCUUCUUCUUUUCCGUUGUGUUUCUCCGGUGAAUCUGAAUCUUAAUAUGGUAUCAAAGCAGUGCAAUUAAGUCUUCCGCUUCAUUCAUUAUCAUCGGAAUCUUUGGGAGAAGUUGUUUGAAAGAGAUGAGUUGCUCGAUUUCUUUUCUUCGGAUUGUGAGAAUCCUCAUUGUUGUGAUUUUUGAGCUUAUCGUCGGAGUUAUUCUUUGUUUCUCCCUUCUUUUGUUUGUUUUAUUUCUUUGAUUGACCUUCAUCAUGUCGAUUCUUUUAUUUUCUUUUACAAAUUCGUCACGAUUUCUCUUUUCAAAUCCCUAGAGUAUGGGAUCUUGUGUUCCUCCUUUUUCUAGGAAUACGACGAAUGCUUCGCUUCAGUCUAAUUCAACUUCGCGUGAAACCGUUGAGCCUCCGCGAUUUCAGAUGGAUCAGUAUGAGAAUCCUUUUUAUCUCAAAAGUAAUGAUCAUGCUGGGCUUAUUUUGGUCUCAGAUCGCCUUACAACGACUUCAGAAUUUCCUUCUUGGAAGAGAUCUAUGUGGAUGGCGUUGAAUGUUCGCAAUAAGCUGGGUUUCAUCAACGGUACGAUUACUAAGCCUCCAGAGACUCAUCGUGAUUAUGGAACUUAGUCUAGAUGUAAUGAUAUUGUGAGUACUUGGUUGAUGAAUUAUGUGCAUAAAAAGAUAGGACAAAGUUUGCUUUAUAUUCCUACUGUAGAGGGCAUGUAGAAAAGUAUUUUCAAUCGUUUUAAGCAAGAUGAUGCUCCUAGGAUCUUUGAGCGACGUCUUAAUAAACUUGAGCAAGGAUCUUUAGAUGUUACCACUUACUAUACUGCUUUGGUUUCUCUCUGGGAAGAACAUAAGAACUAUAUUGAUCUUCCAGUUUGCACUUGUGGACGUUGUGAGUGUGAUGCGGCUGUCAAAUGGGAGCGUUUGCAACAGCGUAGUCGUGUGACUAAAUUUCUUAUGGGAUUGAAUGAGAGUUAUGAGCAAGCUCGACGUCAUAUAUUGAUGUUAAAACCUAUUCCUACGAUCGAAGAAGCUUUCAAUAUGGUUACUCAAGACGAGAGACAGAUAACUAUAAAGCCAUUAACGAGGAUUGAUAAUGUGGCUUUCCAAUCUUCUGCUCUUGUUUCGUAUGAUGGUGAUCAGACUUAUGUUGCUGCAUAUAAUACUAGGAGGCCGACUCAGAAACCAGUUUGUACUCAUUGUGGUCGCUUAGGACACACUAUUCAAAAAUGCUAUAAGCUCCAUGGGUUUCCUCCGGGUUAUAAGACGAAUACUGGUUAUAAAGGUAAUUCGCAGAGUCAGUCUACUUUCCAACCAAGGAUGCAGACACCUCAGUUUCAGCCUCGUAUGUCUCAGAAUCAGCCUAGGAUGCAAAUGCAGAUGGCUCCUUAUGAUCCUAUUCAGAAGGCGAAUGUUAUUGCUAAUGUGUAUACUGAACAACCUUCGAAUUCUUUGGUCUCUCAGUCUGCUUCUACUGGAUUUGAUGGUAAUUCUUUCAGUACUCCUGUUUUCACACCACAACAACUAAAGCAACUUUUUCCUCAUACAAUACUCAAGUACAAGCUCAAGAGCCUGUUGCUGCUACUAAUGUUGCAACUAUUACUGAUCAUGGUCUUAUGGCACAAACUUCUACUUCUGGAACUUUCACGGGGCUUGAUGAUUGGGAGGGGUAGACUUCAUAAUAACCUCUAUAUUCUUGAAACAGAAUCAAAAACCCUCUCACCAUCUUUUCUUGCGGUUUGUUCCUUCACUACAAGAAAAUAGUCUUAUUGCAACAAUAUUUUUGCAAUGAUUGUAUUCGUUAAAAUUUUACAACAAAAUUUGCUAUAUUUUUGCA